UGGCGCCAAGCACAGCACGAGGUCCUCGGAAGUGGCGACUGCAAGUCGUGCUCUGGUCUUCUGCCGCCACUGGUUGAGAAGGAAGGUGGGCUAGGGAAUGGCGAAGACAGACGUGCGGGAUGGGUCACGACUCGAAGAUCAGAUAAGAGGCGUCCUGCGUUGCUCGAUGGUCGCGUCGAUGCCUGAUCGAUUACCCAGUCUUGUGCGCGGACUCGGAGAGUAUGGGAUGGGCGAGCUCGGAUUGGACGAAGCGAACGUAUACAGUGCCAGCCGUAGUGUCGCGCGAAUCGUUUUCGAGGAAGAUGAGAGAAGGCGGAAACGGAGGCGAGCAAGAAAGGAUUUUGGUAGAGUGAUUCGUAGUAAGCAGAGAGUGAUCAUGAAGGAACACGAGACGGACGGGGAGUGGGGGGCGAAAAUGGCCGCAAAUGGCAGGUGCAGAUACACUAAGGACUUUAUGGUUUGGGGGGAGCAGAAGUGUGCCGCUAUCAUCGAUCGCACCAAUCUCGGCAGAGGUUGUGGGCGCGCAAAAACCCAGGGUGCAGCGGGCGCGGCCCAAAACUGGGCGAUCGCGCGCGCGGGGAGCAUAGGGUUUACGGCGAUGAUGAUGGCUGCAUUUUGCGUCCGUUCGGUAUCUUGGAUUGCAACGGCCAGACAACAUGCACCGCUUGGACUUGCACCGCCAGGCGGCGUGGCUUGCCCAGAAAGGCCCGUCCUGCUGACCUUUGCGUCGAAGUCGAAUGGUGGCGGACGCAUUUCGAGUAAUCUUGCUUUGGGUUGGUGUGUGGCUCCGAUCGAUCGCGCCACGCCCGGCCGUGACCUGCGCGAGAUACCGGGGAGCCCUGUCCGUGGGUCGGGGCCCUCUCCGGGAUGGGCCAGGCGAUACAGCGAGGGGAUCAAUGCGAUGAACGCCGCUUCCUCCGUCCAUUGCCGGGAUGGAAAGGGCGUGAUCGUCCUGCCCUGCGAGUUGCGAGUCGUGUCGAAACAUCUCAGAGCCAUGCCACUAUCGACGCCCGGCAGACUCCGAUCUGGGUUCGGAGGGGGAUCCUGGCAAGAUCUGCAGGCGGCCAAUCACAGGCGAGGCAUUCGCGGCGGCUUGCCUGGAACGACUCCGAGACUCGUCAUUCAUUUGGGGAAUGUCUUGGAUUUCUUUCCGACCCGUGCAGCUCGCUUUCGGCACCUCUUCUUCCGAGGUCAUCUGGCCAACUUUCUGUGCUUCCCUCUCCUCGGGUUUGAGCUGGGCGUGCCUCAGGCUCGGAAGAUGUCAAGACCGUCGAUCCAGACGAAUCUCGGCGCGCACGCGUGCUGCUUCUUCGACGGCGCAGAGUCUAUCACCGUCACGCAUGGACCACCCAGCACCCACGCUGCUGCCCAUGCUGUGUGGCCAGGGUAGGCCCCGACAAUCAUCGGAAGGGUAUUGAGCACGUAAUCCAAUGCCUGUAAGCCUGGACAAGAGGCAUUGGCUC